GUUCAAGUCAGGAGGGGAGGUUUCCAGCAAAGGACGCUGUCGCAGUUACAUUUUGAACACAGUGACAAAAUGCGAGGUUGAAACACACAAAGUGAAGCUGACAGUUGCUGAUGUUAAGUAGUUUUCAGCGGGUUUGGCUGCUGUUUUCCCCGCUGUCUCUGGUUUCAUCCUCCGCCUUUGUCCUCAUGUUUUCUCCCGGAGUUCCUCCCCCUGCGGCGCUGGGCGGAGUUUCAUACCGGACUAGACGCUCCUUUUGUCGGAUUCGUUUCGAGCUGACUCCCCGGGGUUUACGGCUGAAAAAAACACACUUUGAAAGUCCCGAAAUAAUCCAAACGACCACAGUGGUGUGCAGUGUGAAGCCGGGUCUCUGUCUCAGGCUGAAGAGGGAGGGGACGGAGUCUUCUCCGUCAGUCGCUGCAUGAUGAACGGCAGCAGCAGCGUCUCCACGGCUCAGAGUGCCAGGAUCAAAAGUGAACCAGCAGAUGAUUGGACAAAGGAGGACUGUCUGACUCUGCUGGAGAGGAUUCGCAGUCUCCUGCCGGACGCAGACGGGAUGAAAUAUAAGACCACAGAGUCGCACUUCGACUGGGACAAAGUUUGUUUCGGCAGCUUCACCGCAGAAAUGUGCCGCCAGAAAUGGCAGAAAGUCUCAUCAGAGGUUCGAAAGUACAGAACAAUGACGGAGCUCAUCGUGGACGCCAUGGAGUUCGUCAAGAAUCCGUAUAAAGGCAAGAAACUGAAGACUCAUCCAGAUUUCCCAAAAAAACCCCUGACUCCAUACUUCCGCUUCUUCAUGGAGAAACGAGCCAAGUACGCCAAAAUCCACCCGGAGAUGAGCAACCUGGACCUGACCAAGAUCCUGUCCAAGAAGUACAAAGAGCUGCCCGACAAGAAGAAGCAAAAAUACAUCACAGAGUUCCAGCGAGAGAAGGAGGAGUUUGAGAAGAACAUGGCUCGAUUCAAGGAGGACCAUCCGGAGCUGAUUGAGGAGAGGAAGAAGUCCGACCUGCCAGAGAAACCCAAAACUCCUCAACAGCUGUGGUACAACCACGAGAAGAAGACCUACAUGAAGCUCCACCCAGAGGUGAGUCAGAAGGAGCUGAAGGAGGCUCUGAGGAGACAGUGGUCCCAACUGUCUGACAAGAGAAGACUCAAGUGGAUCAGCAAAGCCCUGGAGCUCCAGAAGGACUAUGAGGGCAGUAUGAGAGCGUAUCAUGAAGCUCACCCUGACGUGAACUCUGACGAUCACGUCCGCUCGGUCCUCACUAAAGCAGAGAGACAGCUGAAGGACAAGUUUGACGGACGGCCUACGAAACCACCGCCUAACGGCUACUCUCUGUACUGUGCGGAGCUGAUGGUGAACAUGAAGGACGUCCCGAGCACGGAGCGGAUGGUGCUGUGCAGUAAACAGUGGAAGAUGAUGACGCAGAAAGAGAAGGACAUGUUCCAGAAACGCUGUGAGCAGAGAAAGAAGCAGUAUGACAUCGACCUGCAGCGGUUUCUGGAGAGUCUCCCGGAGGAGGAACGAGAUCGAGUCAUGGGUGAGGAGAAACUGGGUGGAGCCAGACUGGGAGGGGGUGUGGCCGCCAGCCCGCACAGAGCCAAGUCUCCUUCCGUCAAGGAGCGGUGUCGGGAGGCGGAGCCAGAGACGUGGGCACCUGCCGGACCACCGAAAGACAGACGGGAUGGGAAGAAGGCGGCAAAGCUUCCAGUGACACCAAAAACAGCCGAGGAGAUGUGGCAGCACAGUGUGAUUGGAGACUACCUGGCUAAAUACAGAAGCGACCGCAGGAAGGCUCAGGUGGCGAUGGAGGCGGCCUGGAAGUCGAUGGAGAAGAAGGAGAAGAUUCCUUGGAUCAAGAAGGCAGCAGAGGAUCAGAAGCGUUACGAGGUUCAGUACCAUCCCGUGAGGGAGCUGUUGGAGAUGAGAGCUCCAGCGGCGGCAGCGGCGCCGGCUCAGAGCCAGAGGAAACCCAAGUUUGAUGGAGAACCGAAGAAACCUCCAGUGAGCGGGUAUCAGAUGUUCUCCCAGGAGCUGCUGACCAACGGCGAGCUGAAUCACUUCAGCCUGAAGGAGCGCAUGGUGGAGAUCGGGAAGAGGUGGCACAAACUGAGCCAGAGUCAGAAAGACAAGUACAAGAAGAUGGUGGAGGAGCAGCAGGUGGAGUACAAGGCCGAGCUGGAGGACUGGGUCAAGUCUCUGUCUCCUCAGGACCGAGCCGUCUACAAAGAGUUCUCCUCCUCGUUUUUCAGAGCCAGACUCCAUCAGUCGCUGUGUGAGGAGCAGAUAUCUGAAUACAGCUGUAGGUGUCGUAGGUGACGUGUGUCCACAGCAGGACGCUGCUCAGCUUCUGUCUCUGUGAGUUUCAUUCAUCACAGCUGAAACCUCAACAACACAGAACAGCAGAUGAUCCCAGCAGAAGCAUCUCAGAGGUUUAACUAACGUUCUUUAAACGUUGCAGCUCAACCCUUCACAGAUCGUACAGAUCUGUCUGUUCAGCCAGCCGUCCAGCUGGAAGUGACUGUCGUUAGCGUGACGUCAUGAUGAUUCAGUCUAGAGUCCUUGUUUUUAUUCUUCUCUCUGUCCCGUGAACUGCAGCUAACGUUAGCGAAGCUAGCAGCAGAAUACGUGGACACUGAGCUAACAUGAUGUUGAUGCUAAUCACAGGCGGUUCAUUAACAGUUUAGGUUUUUUACAUUCAGGGAAUUUGUUUUAGUGCUGAGACAUAAAAAACAUCCUGAAUAUAAAACAGAAAAAAAACACAAUAAAGAGUUCAGUUUAUUAAAUUCGUACAGCUGCACAACGACUGCACUGAUAUACAUGAACAAUACCACGUUAGCUUGUGUUUAUUUAGUGGUAGUUAUAUUAGUGUAAUGUCAGAAAUCCAUCAUAAGCUAACAGGACCUGAGCUAACGUUAGUAGUGUUUAUCUAUAGCUAAGCAGCUAAUUGCAUUUCUUCAGUAAAAUCUUUCACAAGCGGAAAGAAGCACCAUCAUUGGCACGAAUACUCCUCGGGGGCUGUUCAUUUGAUAAAACCCAUUAGCCACGUAAAAAUUAAGAUGGCCACCAUUUUUUCCAAGCUGGCCGCCAAUUCAAUCCCAGAAAUGCUAUUUUGGGAGCAACUUUGUGUAAAAUUGUCCAAUAAGUAUAAUCUUGAUAUCUAAUCAUACAUUUUUGACCACAGAGAGGACAGAUUAUUGUAUUGGAGAGGCCAAGAAGCUUCCUUCUACCAUAUUUUCAGCUUACUGAUCUCUGGGCUGCUAAUUUGAAUGUCGUGCAAGGUGUAAAUGCUACCGCUUUGGUCUUGCUUGCACAGCACUGUGUAGCUGCAGAUGUGAAGAUUAGGCUCUGUUUCAUAGGUUAGUUAGAGCAUAGUUUAGUUAUACUCUAACACAACUGUUGAGUCUAGAAUGUUAAGGUUAUUGACAUUACAGAUGAAUUUGAUGUGAAAAAUGUACAUUGAUUCUAAAAUGUUCAGGUUACACAUACUUGCAUUUUACAUUUUGUAUGUUUUAUGCUAUACUGUACAAAUGACAUGUACAGUAGUAAGCAAAGGAUCAUAUUCAACUUCUCAUGAGCAAAUCAAUUGACCGUUUUUGUACAUUUCUAAUAAAUGUUUUGCUGGAAUGAUGUUGUGUUUAUGCAUAAUUUGAGUAAAUGGCAUAAAGAGAUAUAAAAAUGAUGUCUGAUGUAUACAUUUGAAUUUUCCAUAGUUAAAAACUAAUUUGACACCAGAAUCAUUGAAAUUGGCCCAGAAAAUGAAGUUUGUCAUAAUAGAUGGUUGAAAUGGCGGCCAUCUUUAAAAAUGGCAGCCAUUUUGAAAUUUACGUGGCUAAUGGGAUUUUUCAAAAGAAUGACCCGAGGGGAACACUCAGUCAAAUUUUGGUGCUUCUUUCCAGAUUUUAAAGAUUAUUUUGCUUAUCUGCUGAGCUAUACCCAUUAUCCAGUGUAUGCCAAUGAGUCGUUAGCCGUUAGCCAUUAGCCGGAAUAAACUAAUUUUCACUUACUAGAUAGAUGUUUUUUUUUUCUUUUUUUUUUUUUUAAUUUUAAGUUAAA